UCUGAGGUAAGAUUCAAUCAGAAGUCUUUUUAAUUCUCCCGUGUCGCUCUCCAUGGUGCUGAUUUUUAUUAUUUACUUGAAUUAUUUACUUGAAAAGAGACAUGGAGAUAUUUUUUAGGAAACCGAAACAAUACACAUAAAUGUUCCACAUAUAAAUAUUUUAAUGACCUUGUGGAAAUCCUGGGAAUUUCCCAAAACAAAACCGAAAGUUUUUGUCACAGUCAGCCGAGAAUGAAAGCGAUUUUCAGGUUUGGCAAUAAACUUUUAGGUUCUUUCAAACCAAAUGACUCCAGAUUUAAUCCUUGUGCUGGUUUGGAAUUCCCUCAUGAUUGAGUUUUGUUUACAGCCAACAGCAACAUUUCUGCACCAAUCAUUUACAGGAAUCAGCGCCUCGUCCAUCAGAAACACUGGAGGCGGAGCUUAAUAUGAAACUGCUUUGAUUCCCUGCUUUCACUUUGUUACACGACUGGAACCAAAACAGUUAAUUUCUCUGCAGGAUUUUUUUAAAUUUCUACACAAUGGGGGGGAACAAUGUGAGUAAAAUAGAAAAAGUCUACAAUCUAAAAGAUACAACCUUCAAAUUUGUGGAUAGAGAGGACGAAUUAGACUUUUUCUAUGAAGGUUUUGAUUCUCCCAGAGCAGAGAUGUCCUGUGGUCACGCUGUGACUCCCAUGUCUCUCACCAACUGGUGUCGAGAGUUGUUAGAUGAGGGGAAGAACAGGUUUGUUUGUGGGAUGACUGGCUGUAAUAAGGAGUGGUCUUAUGAGGAGGUCUGUAAAAUGGCUCUGCUGACUCCUGAGGAGAAGAAGUAUUUUGAAACAACCAUGAAGAUCAUCGCUGACAGAGAACGCUUAAAAAAUACUAAACUAUGUCCUGGGUGUAAACAGGGAGUGACGAGAACAGAUGAGUCCAACCUGAGAACUCGUUGCCACGAUUGCACAAACAAAAAAGGAAGAGGAUUUGAUUUCUGCUGGCAGUGUCUGCAUGAGUGGAAGGGUCCACCGUCUCGCUCAGACCACUGUGAGAAUGACGGCUGCUUCAGUGAAGCUCUGAAGACUCUGAGAGACUGCCCAGAUAUCGUCUUUGAAUCGAUCAGAAAUGUAGCCGGGUGUCCCUGCAUCCGGGCCUGUCCCACGUGUGGAUCUCUGCUGCAGCACAGCUCCCAAAACUGUAAAAAUGUUGUGUGUCCUCGAUGUAAGGUCAAAUUUUGUUUUUUGUGUCUAAAAAUCACAGCUGAAUGCAGCAGAUUGAGUCACUCCUACAUAACAUGUGUGAGUGGAGUCGCCCCCAGACAAACCUCCAUCCCUGUGUGGCAUCAAAAUCCAUCAUCAUAAACUAUGUUAGACAGACAGUACAGUUGUACUUUAAAAUAUUGUUCACUGCACAUGUGACCCUUCUAAAAUAGAGGAUAUAUUCCAUAAAUACAUGUUCAUCUUAAUCACAUGUGUCUUUAUUGUGUUUUUUGUCUUAUAGUAAACUUUUGUUGAU